GGAUGCUCGCUCUUUCUUUCCUUCCUCCCUGAGAGACGCCGCCAAGAUGAAUGACAGCGUCACCAUAAGAACCCGGAAGUUUAUGACCAACAGACUUCUCCAGAGAAAGCAAAUGGUCAUAGAUGUCCUUCAUCCUGGAAAAGCCACUGUUCCUAAGACUGAAAUCAGGGAGAAGCUGGCCAAAAUGUACAAGACUACCCCAGAUGUGAUCUUUGUAUUCGGUUUCAGGACUCACUUUGGUGGUGGCAAAACCACUGGAUUUGGCAUGAUCUACGAUUCCUUAGACUACGCAAAGAAAAAUGAACCCAAGCACAGACUGGCCAGGCAUGGCCUAUAUGAGAAGAAGAAGACUUCCAGGAAACAGCGCAAAGAAAGGAAGAACAGAAUGAAGAAAGUCAGGGGUACAGCCAAAGCAAGCGUGGGUGCUGGCAAAAAGAAAUGAUCAGCAGUGAGCUUUGGGGCUAGUUCUCACAGAAGGAUUAAUGCAUCCAGGGAUGGUCUUCCUGAAAACUGUACUACAAUCUACGAUCUUGUAAUAAAAAUGAUAAAAAUCGG